AUGGGGGCAGCCAGUGAGUCGCAGCGCCGAAUUGACGCGCUGGAAAGUGCGCUAGGGAAAAUGAAAACUUCCACUGGUGCAGCCUGUGUCUAUUGCGAUCAAUUGACAAGACGUGCUCGACAAUUAGAUUCCUUGACAAGUCCAGCUUCUGACGCUUCCAGUAUGCUUUCCAAGGCCUCGAAUAAUCUUGGAGCUACUCUUUUGCUAAUGAAGGAUGCCAAAGAAAAAUUUGAUACCGUUCGAGACUGCGAACCAGCAAUUGAACGUUUGCAUCGUGGAGUGGUGCAACUCCAAAAUCUAAAGGCGGGCAAGGCCAAGAAUAACCGUCGUAAUCCUUUCGACGACAAGGACGCAGACAACAAGCCUGUUACUUUGACUGAGCAAGACGUCUAUGCGGCUGCGGAUUCCAUGGAGAUCAUCCGGGAUGCUUAUGAAUACUUUAUUGAACGUAAGCAUUGGAGAUCCACUGGAUCCGCGCUCAGAAGUUUGGAACGGGUUCAUCAAAUGGGAGUAUCUAGCAUGUGUAUUCUAUCUUCCUUUCACUUGAUUGACUCGGGACAAGCUGUGAAACUAAAGCGCGUUGUCAAACAAGAGGGAGCAGCCAAGGCGAGAGCAGCAAUGGAAACUGCGCAACAGACAAGAGACCGCUUGUCUGCAGCAUUGCAAAACAGAGACUUGCUCCGUAGCAUUGGAGAAUUCGAAGAAUACCAACCGGUUGAAGCUCGUUUGGUCCGCGAGUUGCGUGGUAUUCUAGAAUGUCUGGGUAACAACGGACACCAAUUGGUUCCCGCUCCCAAGAACGAACCUCCUGGUUUGGCACAUCACUUUGGGAUGCAAGCCAAUCGUGUGGUCCGAACAGAAAAGGUCGGAUCCGGUGGAUACACCAAUAUUGUCCAACGACCUCUCAAGACUGGAUUUCCUCAAAUUGAUGCCUAUGGAGAAGCGCGAAAGAAUGUUGCUUUUGCAUCCAUUGACCACUACUACAAACGUACCAAGCAAGAGCGCAAGCGCAAUUUGGAGAAAUUCUCUGGUUCGGCGGCAAUGGACGUGGCGGAUGCUGCUGCCCGUGAUGCUGUGCGCUGUUUGGAGCAUGCCAUGGUAGUCGUGGCUGGAGAAAAAAAUGUCUACCGCACUGUUGUCACUCCAUCACUGACCAAGAUGAGCGACGAAGAUGGUGGAAACGAAGAGAUUUCACCAUUUUACCGCAAGGCAUGUGCGGCAUCUUACUCUUACGUUGUGGCGAGUGUCGUUGACAAGACGAUGGAUAUCAUCGAGACUGUCUUUCUCAAAGAGGGUCUCAUUGGACAUGCUUCGGGAACCAAGAGCGGCGAGAACGCUGUUCAGUUGAGUGUUCGUGAUACUGCAUCUGCUGCAGCUGCUGGUUUGAGAAUGUUGGAUGGUGUGCGUAUGCUUGGUCCUUCGCUUGCCAAGCUUUGUGAUAUGCCUAUCGGAGAUGGUACCGAAGAGCAGCCGAGUAUUGCCUCUAUUCUCUGUAUCGCUAUCCAUAGAACAACAGUGAAGAACACUGCUCGUACUUUGGAGAAUUUGGCCAAGGCGAUUCAAGAGGAUCCUAUCAAGGGAUCAGCAAAUCGAGCCAAAGAUGCACGUGUUGCCAACUUGACAUGCGACGUGGUCCGAUCUGUGCGAAAUGUUUCUCACUACGAAAGUGCCUACAAGUCCGUGUCCAAGCGUCGACAAUUGCCUUGGGAUCCCAACAUGGGAGAAGAAGCUGGUGAAUUGGAAUCCUUCAUUCGUUUCCUUGUCAUGCGUUUGGUUAACUCUUUGAAGGGUAAGGCUCUCAACUACACAAAACACCCUGGUGACCUUGGACAGGCACGAAGUAGUAUGUUUAUGAUGAACAAUUCUUUCUACCUUCGUGACGAGCUCGGCCCUCACGCCCACAACUACGGCAAUCCCAACGACUACAGAAUAGAGAGUUCUUGGUUUGUUGACAAGGUUAACAAGCUCUUUGAGUCUGAAAAGAACAAGUACCUUGGUCACUGGGAGGUAUUGAAUGCUCAUCUCACAAGCGUCGAGCACGACGAGCUGGAAUAUCAAAAGAAUGACAACAUCCUUUCUCUGGAUAGUGGCCGUUUGAUCAAGGGACGGUUCAGUGGAUUCAAUGAAGAUUUUGAGCGCAUCUAUGACGAGCAUAAGGAAUUGGCAGUCGUGGAUCCAAGAUUGCGAGGCUUGCUGCAAAAGGAAGUUGCCGAGGUAUUCUUGCCUUUGUACCGUAACUUUUUCGAACGAUACAGUAAGAUUCGAUUCUCAAAGAAGCAUCAAAGUGAAUACACCAAGUACAGCCCCUACAAGAUCGAGGAGCUGUUGAGCGAGUUGUACGUAGAGGCUGAGUAG